GCCAUGGCCUCGAGCAAAGAGACUCUCUCUUGCUUAUUCAUCUGAGAUUGAUUCGCCCACUUUGUUCCUGGGUGACUUGGUGAUUGAAUUUGAGAUUUGUAUGAAAGGGUCAGCUUCGUUUCACUACUUUCCCUCUCUCUGGUUCUCAUCUCAUCCUACUGCCAUGAAUACGUCCAUCGUUCAAAACAUAGAUCUGAUGGCUGAGGAGCAAUUGGAUUGCCCAGUUUUCUCCGAGGCCAGCGGGCAUGUCCUCGACCGAUUCUCGUUUUGGGUCGAGGGAGUGAUUCUGUGUGUGUUUGCAGUGGCUGGAAUCAUUGGCAAUUCGAUAUCAGCAAUCAUCCUUUCCGGAAAGAACAUGAGGAACAGCUUCAAUCUGCUCUUGAUUGCUUUGGCUAUCUACGACAACACGUACCUGUUCGGCAGUAUUCUGGAGAGCUUCCGCAAGAGAUUUGAUAUGCUAUCUGAUAUUCACAUCUUGCUUUUUCCCUACUUUCUUUAUCCGGUUCAAAUGAUAGCUAUGACGGGAUCGAUCCUAAUGACGGUGGCAAUCGCCUUGGAACGAUAUGUGGCUGUCCAUUACCCAAUCAACUACAACCUGGCCAUGAAUGAUUCCCGAGCCUUGAAAGCCCGUCUUUGCCGUUAUCUUUUACCCGUCAUCUGCCUGAGUGUGGCGAUGAAUGUAACUAAGUUUUUCGAGAUCGAAAUUCACUACGCGGACAUGCCAAACUCAGACACCAACACAACCAUUUCCAAGCCCGUGCUCAAUAUAACAGAAUUCCGAAUGAACCCUACCUAUUCGAUCUACUUCAAUUGGUUUCGUUUUGGGAGUUUGGGCGUGAUCCCGUUCGUGUUACUCGUGUUCUUCAACUUUCGGAUCUACAUGGACAUAAGACGAAGGCGUGCCCGCAAGAAGGCCAAUCGACCCACCUUAAGCCAAAUGAACCCCACCAUCCACGCCACUUCCCUGUCAACGCUCAACAGAUCCGCGCCUCCCAGUCAAAUCUCAACUCCACCAAAAUCACGCCACCCUGGCCAAAUCCAGACCACCAAGUUCAUGUCUAAACCACCUCAAAAAAGCUUUUCUAACGGGCAUCUGGAAAUCAAUCCUCAUGGGGCCGAGGUCGAUGAUGUCAGUGAGUUGAAUCAAAGUAUGGUCAUGUCACACAAUAGACGGUCUGGCAGCAUUCCACGAGACGACAUACAAGGGGAUCCGGACGAGAGUCAACCCAUGACAUCCCCGCACAAGGAUAUGCCCAAGAACGUGAGCUUUGUCAAAUUGACCAAGUCCAAUUGGAAAGGCAAGGUGGCCGUGGUCCAAAACGCUAUCGUGGCCGCCAACGACGCACGGCGACGGGUGGAGACCAACUUGGCGGCUAUAAUGAUGGGCUACGUGGUGGUGUUUCUCAUCUGCCAUUCACCCAGGAUAUUGUUGAAUAUUCACGAGCUAGCUACAAUCAGGAAAGCUAUGGCUUGCGGAAGAAGUGGUCAAAAAGCCUUUCCUGUGUGGAGUCUCGUUGUAAUGCAUCUCAGCCACCUCCUACUAGUGGUCAAUUCUGCCAUCAAUAUUCUUAUCUACUGUUACCUCAGCUCCAAGUUUCGUGCGGAAGGCAAGCUCCUCCUGGAGAAAUGUAAUCGUUUUGGAAGGAGUUGCCAAAGGAGAGGUUGGGCUGAAUGAAGUCAAUCACUGGUUGCAAGAUUGCAAUGAAUUAAUUCAACGUCAAGUAUCCAUGGGCCAAAGUGUUAGACAAACCGAUUUCGCUAUUACACUGAGGAAAUAACCUGUGGGCCAAUAUCGUUUUGAUUCCAUGACAUCAAACACUGAAUCAUCGAUGAAGUUACCACUCGCAAUGAGAUUUUUUUAUUCUUCUACUAUGUUCGUGUCCCUAUCAAGAUUUAGCUCUGGAGUAGAUAUCUUUCAGUGUAGAUUGGUAUAUUUAGACUUGGAGACCUGACUUUUAUGCUAAAGAGGCCAUUGUAACGCAAACGUUCACUCAGGGAGCAAGAAGAUCCAUUUUCAUUGUUCCAAAGCUGUACUUUAAAAUGCUAAUAUGUGUAAAUCAAGAAAUUAUUUGUCUCAGCUUACUCAAUUGUGCAUGGUAUUCAAUUUCAUUGCUUAUGUAUUCUAUGCAAAGAGCUUGACCAAUAAACAGAUCUGA